GAUCACAAGCUCCGAAAUACAAGAAAGAAUUACUACAAACACCAUGAAGACUACUCUGGUCGCUGUUGCUUUCCUUGUACUGGCACUUGGCUGGACCUCUGAAGCUGUAGAAGUGGAGGAGGGUGGAAUGGCCUUCUCCCUGGAGGCUGUGAGGAGGCUGCAGGAGUUGACAGAUAUGAACAUGUUGGCCGCUAAGCAGAGCCCCCGCCUCAGGACCAGCUCUCUGUCCCUGUGCGCCGACCCCAUGCUGCCCCAAGAGCUGCUGCCCCUGUGCAGACAGAGGGGGGCAUCUGCAUCACUGGCCCGGCUGGCGCUGGUUCCAUUGGAUGUGUGUGAGAUCUGUGCCUUCGCUGCCUGCACUGGUUGCUAAAAUAAUCUACAAAAGAAGCAAAAACAUUUUCAACUCCUUUCUAAUGACCUUAUAUAUAAUACCACAAAAAGUCCAAUGCAUUGUUCUAGUGUUAUGUAUGUAUCAAUUAACAAAAGAUGAAGAAAGUUAGAACUAAUUUAAAUACAAUAAUUUGGCAUGUCUUGCACUGUUACUUUAUUUCAACAAUUAUGUACUGUAUAAAAAUGCUACUAUUUGUUACAUUUAUUUGAUGCCCAAUUCCUAAGACAUUAUUUAAAGUCUUUACAUGUUAUCUUCUUUUGUAUCUUGAUAUCAUUGUUUAAAUAAAGAGCCUUCUUUUCAA